UUCAACUGACAGAUAUUUCGCGCAGGGGCCGGCCCUUGGAAAUAAAUUAUUUUCAGAAUGAAUCAAGAGAGCGUGCUUGCUUGUUGCGCCGUUUGUAACGAGCUAACACAUCGUAGAUGUGCUCGUUGUCUCAACAUUUAUUAUUGUAACACAGAUCAUCAACGGCAAGAUUGGAAAAGACACAAAAGUGAGUGCGGUCCGAAGUUACCAAAACAAGGAACGAAUAGUCAAAUAGUAGGUGAUUGUGCGAAAUACGGCGAAGAAAGUGGGAAAAUUGUACAGAAAAAGGCUGUUACUAACUCUGUCCAAGAAGAUUUUCAUGUGAGAGGCGCUUCGGAGGGUAGUUCUAGUGAAGUGAGACGUUCGAAAAACUCAAAGACGAAAAAUUCAAAAAAAGGGGGUAAGGAAGUUGUUUCUAGUGUAGAUAAACAAACAUUGCAAAUACCUGCCGAAAACGUGACGAAAAGUGAAAGUAUUGGGGCGACCUCAUCACAGGGGCAAGAUGACAGUAUUAGUGUUAUUUCUAGUGUAGUUUAUACUGACAAGGAAUUAAGUAAAGAAAGUGCCAUUACCUAUGAGGGAUCAUCAGAGCAGGAGAUAUUGAGUGAGUCGGCCCAGCAGUUGAGCACCGUGGACUUUGCUACACCUGGUUCUAGUAAUGUUUUGAGGGCAAUAAAUAGAACAGAUGUGAAGAUGCCUGUGCUACCGGGGUAUGGAUCUGAGAGUAAUACGAAGAUGAAAGAGUAUCCGGAGGCAUCGCUUAAGGGCUCCGGAGCUCCGUUUGGACAUAUGCCAAAUACUUAUUACAUGGAUCCAAGUGAUCCCUGCUACGAAGUGUGUAAUAGACUAAUAAGAGACAUGACCCAGUAUGGUGUGUGUGUUUUGGACAAUUUCCUAGGAAAAGAAAAGGGCUUAUUAGUGCGAAAUGAAGUUUUGGAAAUGUACAGAUUAGGGAUAUUCACGGCAGGGCAACUGGUGUCGAACCCCGGGAGCUCAGAAGCGCAGACUGUACGAAGUGACCUCAUCACCUGGAUCGAUGGCAAAGAACCACACUGCCAGUUCAUCAAGCAGUUGAUCACGCAGGUCGACAACAUUGUGCUGAGGGCGAACAAGAUGGCCAACAAUGGGAGGCUGGGCGACUACUUCAUCAACAGGAGGACCAAGGUAAACGAGAGUUCAGUGUUGCUAUAAAAAUAUUUCAGGUACUAUUAUUUCAGCUG